CUUUCUCUCUCUAAAACCAGGACACUUUCGUUGAACGGAUCUCUUCUCCCCUUUUUCGUUUUCAUUUUCCUCAAUUAUAAUAAUAAAUUAAUAAAUAAUAAUAUAUGCACAUGCUCCGUCUACGCUAAUCAAAUUAUCUGCUGCAUAUGCUUCAGCAACUAAUAAAUUAGUUUGUAGUGGCAGCUUAAACUUCUGAAAUGAUAAGGGAAGAGGAAACUGAUCAGGCAUCAGGCGCAAAUUGGAAGACGUACUUACGGUCAGUGUCGUGGACUGAACGUCCGCCGAGAAAGUCUGCUUCUACGCCAAAAUGGAACAGCAAAGCGCGGGCGUGUUUGCCGCCACUUCAGCCUCUGUCUAUAAUCCGACCAAGCAUCGAGGAAUGGCCCAGAGCUGGGUCCGAUGAUCUUGGCGUGUGGCCAAAUCCUCCUACUCCUGGUGCAAGGUCUGGAUCAGUAACACCCCGUGAAAGUUCAACUUCGGAUCAACCUCCACCACGAGAAUUCGAAUUCAAGAAAGACAAACUUGCCUUUUUCAACAAAGAAUGCUCGAGGAUCUUAGAUCACGUCUAUUUGGGAAGUGAUGCAAUUGCCAAGGAUCGCGAAAUCCUGCGACAGAAUCGGAUCACACACGUGCUCAACUGUGUGGGGUUCGUUUGCCCGGAAUAUUUCAAGAAUGACCUCGUGUACAAGACCCUUUGGCUGCAGGACUGCCCGUCUGAGGAUAUAACGAGUAUUCUCUAUGAUGUUUUCGAUUAUUUUGAGGAUGUUCUUGAACAAGGUGGGCGUGUCUUUGUUCACUGUUGUCAGGGUGUAUCUCGAUCGACCUCGUUGGUUAUCGCAUAUCUUAUGUGGAAGGAGCGGCAAAGCUUCGAUGACGCAUUCCAGCACGUCAAAGCAGCCAGAGGAGUGACGAAUCCAAACGUGGGAUUUGCUUGCCAACUUUUGCAGUGCCAGAAACGAGUGCAUGCUAUGCCUGCAAGCCCAACUUCCGUUCUUAGGAUGUAUCGAAUGGCACCCCACUCUCCAUAUGACCCCCUUCACCUUGUACCAAAAAUGUUGUCUGAACCAGAUGCGGAUAAACUCGACUCUCGUGGAGCAUUCGUUGUUCACAUCCCUUCGGCUUUGUAUGUGUGGACAGGGAAGCAUUGCUCCACAGUGAUGUCUGAUAAUGCCAGGGUAGCUGCCUCCCAAGUUAUUCGUUAUGAAAGAGCACAAGGUCCAGUUGUAAAUGUCAAAGAAGAUGAGGAGACAUUUGAGUUCUGGGAUGCUCUUAGCUGUAAUAGAAGUUCGGUAGAUUGCAGUAAAGUGAAGGCUGAGAAGGAAAAUAGCUUGUCUGAGACCAUUCACCCAUGUCUCGAUCAAAGGAAGCUCGCUGAGUAUGAUAUAGAUUUCGAAAUCUUUCACGGAGCACUUGCUGGUGGGGUCGUACCUCCUUUUCCACUACCAGGAGCAGGAUCCGAGACACGUCUGCCCGCCAGAGAGAAUGGUUGGAAUAAAUUGAGAAAGAAAUUUGUCAACGGUGUUAUGAAAGAAUUCAUCACCUCUUCUAAGUUGAUCCCGAGUGCGUUGAAGAUAUGUGGUGGACUGGAGGCAAAGGCAAUCGAUACUUGUGAUGAAGUUGAAGGCUUUGUCUCGCCUGCUAAUCAUUCGGUGUCUUCAAGUGAUCAAUGCGACUCACCGGAUUCACUUGCUUCGUACGUAAUCUCAAAAGAAGUGGAUCGUGCAGGUCCUUUUCAGGAUACUUCGCUGUCGCAUUCACCGGCGUUCAGUUUAGUGGAUUCAUUUUCUUCUUUUCUCGUCAAUAAACCAAAGUCCAACUCAACAUCGCCGUCACUGUCACCUUCAAACUCCGAUUACUCGAGUUCAUUUACCUUUUCGCCCUCGUCGUCUAACUGGUCCGACAUAUCUUUUGUGUCUGCUCAGCCAUCACCUAGCGGACUUGAAUCGAGUGAUAUUGAUCUUGGUAAGAGUGACCUUCUAGAGGAAAGUGUUGGCUCUGCAGAGGAAUGUACGCAUAGCUAUUUGGCCGAUGAUGAAGUUGUAAGAAGAAGACCAUACAGUGAAAAGAAUUAUGAUAUUACUAAUAAAGAAACUGACCCAACUAACCUAGUAUUGUACCAGUGGCCCUCUAUGCAUAAAUUGGAGAUGCACUGCGGCAUCUUUGACUCGAGAUCUGUGUAUAUUAUACUUAUGCCGGCAGGAAAUAUUGGCGCAGAAGUUGGUGAUGUUUUAUACAUAUGGAUAGGCCGUGAUGUGUCAUCAAAGCGAAGCUAUAGUCAGUUGAUCAGGAAUGACAGCAGAUGCGAAGAUUAUGCAGAGGCAAUCGACCGUAAUAUCCUUGUCGAGAAGGGUUUUAGCGCAGAUGCUCAAAUUAAGAUAGUCAAGGAAGGUGAAGAACCGGUGAAUCUCGUCAAGCUUCUAGCCCCUUACUCGUUAAACAAGGAGUUAGGCAAGCAUCUAUAUGGUGGAAUCUAAGUACAAACGCUCGAGAUAUACGUACAUGAAUUGAAUUUGAGGAUGUUCGAUUUUUGAACUUACGGCCGUAGUAGCUCUAAUGAGUUGCAUUGGCAUCCCAAAAGCAGAGUGCGAGUACACGCGAUUCUGCUUGUGAGAUUGUAAGGAAAAUGAAGAACCCCGUUUUCGAUUGUAGACGAGAGGAACUGUACAGGGAAUAAGUUUCUGUAUAUUGAGGAUAUAGAAAUAUUUUACGAGUAAAAAAAUCCGAAUCAAAUGCUGUGAUAUGUGACUGCAUUUCAAUAUGUUCAUUUAUUUUGGUUCAUCUGUUAUAUAAUUAAUAGCUUCUAUUUCAACUCAAAAUUUUGC